AUAUGGGUAGCCAUUUUGGCUUAUUAAUCUAUUUCACUUGUUUAAUAAUGGUUCUGCACUUUCCAAAUUUUGUUGUAUCCGGUAAACCACAAGUCCCAUGUUACUUUAUAUUUGGAGACUCUCUUUUUGAUACUGGUAAUAACAAUCAACUUGAUACUAAGUGGAAAGCAAAUUAUCCACCAUAUGGAAUCGAUUUUCCUAAAGGUCACACAGGCAGGUUCACUAAUGGUCGAACCGCUGCUGAUAUUAUCGGUCAAAAUCUUGGCUUUGAUGAAUUCAUUCCAACGUAUGCUACCGCAACCGAUGACCAGAUCAGCAAAGGCGUAAACUACGCUAGUGGUGGAGCUGGUAUUCUGGACAGAACUGGAAUUCAUAAUGUAAUCACCAUUUGUCACUACAUUGGGUAUCGUUUAUCUUACCAAGCACGAGGGCUUGGGGUGUGGAGCCCAAUUUCACGCAUUUCACGCAUACGAAAGAACACAACAUUUCUUAAAGAAUGCAUUUAUGUUGUAAACAUCGGCAUGAACGAUUACAUCCACAACUACUUUUCUUGGAUAUGGUCAACUGGUGGUACCUACAACUCAUCACUGUUAUAUUCAACGCAAAAUUACGCAACUAUCCUUAUUAUACAAUAUUAUCGGCAACUAAAGGCUUUGUAUAACUUGGGAGGUAGGAAGGUUGCUUUGUUCGGUCUAGGUCAAUUGGGUUGCACUCCGUUUAUUGUUAAAAAUUGGGGAUAUAAAGGAAAACCAUGCGCAGAUAUCUUCAGUGAUGCCGAAUAUACAUUCAACUAUAGGCUAAAAACUCUUGUUGAUGGACUCAACAAACUUAAACCAGAUGCUAGAUUCACUUUCAUCAACGCAACAAGCAUUUUGCAGAAAAAAGAAGGUAAACUAUAA